AUGAAACCAGUAAAAUGUUGUGUAUUUCUAGUUAUUUCUUUAUUUUUUGUUGUUGGAUUUUUGGUGGAGAUUUAUAGAAAUGGUAAGUUGUUUAAUCCGAAAAUCUUAGUCUCGAAACAUUUUCCAAAUGUUAUCUGAUCUACAAAACCAGUAACUUUUCGCGUUUUCAUUGAUUUAUACAAACUUUUCAAUUUUUGAUGUCUCAAAAUCUUGAACUUUCAAAAUCCGAAAAGAUUUUCAUAUUUUUAGUGACCAGUCUAUUUAUAUUCAUAUCUGGUUUAUAUUUUUCGGGAUUUAUUCAUAAAAAGUGUAAGAAUUUAGGAAUUUAUUUUUUUUUAGAAUUUUGAAUCUCAAAAAAAAACAGUUACAGAAUUUUUGGUUUUUUUUCAGAAAAAAAUACAUUUUGCACCAAACUAGAAAAAUUCUCUGAAUUUUCCAGCUUCCCGUGACGAUUCCAACGAAGAUCAAUGUGAAAUUGAGGAUUGGAACAAUUUCGAUAAUGAACAUAUUCCACAUGAAAGUUUACACGAAAAAUGGAGAUCUGAAAAUAUCACAAGAAGGGAUAGUAUGCAUGGAUCAAAAGUGAGAUUACUCUCAGCUUAUGUUUAUCCAGAAUAUAUUGCAUUGAUUACUUCAUCGGAAGAUCAUUAUGGGUUAGAGUUCUGAAGUUUCUGAGGGCAUUCUGAAAAUAUAAACCUUUCAGCGAUACUGCCUACUGUCGAUAUUAUGAUUGUAAUCGUCGAGAAAUCGCCAACAGUUCUGCUAUGUCGUAUUUCUUCCCUCUAAAUGUGAUUUAUUGUCCUCGAAGAAGUGGAGCAAAAUAUAUCUCAAUGAGUUUUCACGAGUACAAUUUUCCCGCUCGAACCAAUUCCUCUAACAUUUCGCGCUUAUCAUCAACCAGUUCACGAAGUUGCUCUUUGUCUUGGCCCAAUUUAUGGAACUGAAAAACGAUGGCAACAAAUUGUGGAAUUUGUUGAACAUCAUCGAUAUUUGGGUGUAACCAUGUUUUAUUUCACAAUUUUUGACAUCGAUUCGUAUUCUCGGAAAGCGCUGAAUUAUUAUGAGCAAAUUGGUUUGGCUGAUGUGAGAGUUAUUCAAUUGGAAUAUGAGCAAUUGGAUUGGCAAUUUCAUUUGAUUGAAACACAUGUGAGUUUUUUUUUGUUUGGGAGGGGAGAGGAGAUCAAACUACAUAUAUUUCUAUCGGAUUUCUGUGAUAGAUUUCACCCAAGAUUGGGGAAACCUGCAAAAUCGAAAGAGGAAUUCCUAAAAAGAUCAGAAAAUCGAAAAGCGCAAAUUUUACAUAGUUUUUUCUCGGUGAAUUUCAUUUUGUAACUAUCCUUAGUGAAUCAAAAAUCAAACUAUUUUCUAGGAAUGUCAUCAUCGAGGAAAAUACCACGCAAAAUGGGUAAUAAAUUGCGACAUUGACGAGCGUUUCGAUAUGCUUGAUCCAUCGAUUAGUAUGCUUGAUUUCCUCCGAUCUCAACAAGGAAAUGUAGCAGAACUCAAUUUCCAAGUGCAGCGAAUUCAGAAAACUGAACAGGGUUCAGCAAUGUAUAUGAAUGAGAAAAUAUUGAUGAGUGAUAUGGAAUUUAUGAACUUCCGAAAAUCUUCGAAUGAUUAUAUAUGGGUUUCAUCGAAGACAAUCUAUCGACCUACUAUGGUAAAUGCUCAAACUUAUCAUAUGGCUCGCCGACAAUAUCCGGGAGGACGAAUUCGAUAUGUGAGGAAAGAAAUUGCGAAUUUCCGACAUUAUCGAAUGGUUCGAGUUGAUGGAAGUAUUGGAAAUGGUUGGAUUUAUGGAGUUCGAGAGUUUGUUGAAACUCGAUUAAAUGAAACAUUUGAAAAUAGUUUGAUGAGUCGUGUUGUUGAUAGGGUUAAAUAUGUGUACGAAUAA